GUAGUAAUAUUAUUGGCGAACCCUACUCUCGAGGUCAUAGUGAGUCAGUCUGCAUAAACGCUAAAUGAUAAGAAAAUAAUGUUUUUAUCCAUAUUGUCAAACGUCAUUAUCAAAUUAUUCAGUAUGUGAUUUACUUCCAAAGGCAUAAUGAAGUCCACUAUAAAGUUUUCUGAGACAGAAAUAAGAAUUAAGGUGCCGUGGGGAAACAUAGCAGCGUUGACAUGGGGCGAUCACUCCAAACCCCCGGUGCUGCUGUGCCACGGCAUGAUGGACGUGUGUUCAGGCUUCCGGCCGCUUGUCGCUCUGCUGCCCCAAGUUUUUUUCUAUGUCAGCAUUGAACUACCAGGGAAUGGGAAGUCGGAGCAAUUCCCGAAGCAAGCGCGGUACACCACAGCUGACUACGUACCGGUAGUAUUAGCUGUCAAGAAACACUUUAACUGGGACCACUUUAUUUAUAUAGGACAUUCACUUGGCGCUGUCGUCGGUAAGUAUUUCGACAUUGCAUACCCGGGAGUGAUCACACGGAUCGUCGAAUUGGAUCCGGUUCCUCUGUACAAUGCAUGGGCACCACGCAACUUCAAUCAUUGGUAUCACACAUACUACGGCGAUUAUUAUCAGGAAGAUACUCAUAGAAAGUACAACGGGCCGGCUGAAACUGCGCCGAAGUAUACUUAUGAAAAGGCUCUGGAUUUGAUGAUGAACUUCCGAGGAUUGACCAAAGAGGGUGCUGAUCACGUGUUGGAGAGGUCUCUGGAGCCCGCAGAAGAUGGCCUGUUCAGAUUCACAUACGACCAGCGUCAGAAGAAGAUAACCUUACUGCCUCUAAGUCCAGAAUACAUGAAGGACCUCUACACUUCAGUAUCCACGCCAACCUUAACCAUACUAUCGAGUGUCCUGAUCGAGCUUGGCGCAUACCACGACACUCCCUUCGUCCAAGACCCUGGGGCUUGGCCAAAUAAAAACUACACAGUCAAAGUGGUUACUGGUGGGCACGACGUCCAUAUAAAUAAUCCAGAAUUAUUAGUAGACGAUGUUGCCAAGUUUCUACUUGAGGUUAAGGCUAAAUUAUAACGGCAUUGUAUAGUAUUAUUAUUAUUGGGUCAUCAUCAUCAUCAGCCCAUUAACGUCCCCACUGCUGGGGCACGGGCCUUCCCUAUGGAUGGAUAGGGAGAUCGGGCCUUAAACCAUCACGCGGGCCCAGUGCGGAUUGACGGUUAUUAACGACUGCUAAUGCAGCCGGGACCAACGGCUUAACGUGCCUUCCGAAGCACGGAGGAGCUCGAGAUGAAAACUUUUUUUUUGUGGUCACCCAUCCUAUGACCGGCCUUUGCCUUUAUUAUUGGGUAUGGCUGACAAAAAUAAAAUAUCCUGCGUGGAUCAUAUAUCCAGCUUAAGCUCCCCUAACCAAGUCUCUGCCGCAUCCGUCACACAAUGCAGCCCGGCUAUGCCACCUGGCAACCGGUGAAGAGGGCACUCGUUCACUAUGUGAGAUAUGGUUUGAUCCGGGUGACCACAUUCACAGUAUAGUAUUAUACAGCCAUUGGCCCCGAUUCCUGCAGACACCUCCUAAUUUUACUUUAAGUUAUACCUGUCAUUUUCUUACCCGCCGAAAAGGAAAGGGACGGAUGAUUGACAGCUCUUAAUUUUAGGAAGAAUGAGUAAAUGAAUGAAUAACCCGGGCGAAUUAAAAGGUAUCUCGGUGUAUGCAAACCGUUUGACGUGUGCUGUCAACUUAAUACUGUCGGGUUAUUGGCCAAUGUAAAAUUUUUAGACGGUUGUUUUAGAUUUGUGCUUAAAAUUGACGUGUGUUUCAUAAAAUUUAUGCUUGUCGAUUACCCGUCCCUUUCCUUUUCGGCGGAUAAGAAAAUGACAGAAAUAACUUAUAAUAAAAUUAGAUGGUAUUUAUAGGAAUUAGCACCAUUAUACUCCUAGGCAGCUAUGUUUAACUCCCAUGUAAUAGGGGCGAGCCAUCAACCGGGCACAAAUCUUGGAAACCACGUGAUAUCAAUUAUGUAUGAUCCAAACAUGAAUUCCGACUAAUGAGUCGGUGGUUCAAAGCCCGAAAAAAUAAAUUAAAAAAAAAUGUUUCGUAAAUAAGUUUUUUAUUUGGAGUAAAUAUACCUAAGUAUUCGCUCCAAGGUUGCAGAUUUUCAAAUGUAAAAAAUAAAUAAUAAUAAUGUGUGUGUGUGUGUGUGUGUAUAAUAAUGUGUGUAAUGGUUCCAAUUUGUAAAUGUUUGUUUCCUUUUGUUGGUUGCCUGGAAGAAAUUGCUCUAGAGCAAUAAGGCCGCCCAAAUUGUACUGUAUUCAUGUGUUAUCAAGUAUAUUUGAUUUGAUUUUCGAGAA